UUUCCUCCCAUCGCUCUUUCUAUGUUUCAUUCUCAAAUUUGGUGAUUAUCUGUUGUAGAAUGUGUUUUCUGUUCGCAAAUUUUCUACUCUUUGUUGUAAUUAUUGAGAUCGCUCUCUUAUCGUUUUUGCUUAUACAGUUUCGAUCAGUUGUAUAUCCCUGAAUAAUUAGGAGUUGCAAGUUUUUCAUUAGGAAUCAGGAUGCAGCUAAAUGCAGAUACUUUCAACAACAGCUGAAACUACCGAGUAUCAGACAUUACUAAACUUGUUUCUCUACUUGCACAACAGCACAAAGAUUUCAAAGUUCAGCAGCUGUCUUACUUUUAUAUUAGUCCAAAACAGGGGUAAAAUCAAGCAGAAUGAUGAAUCCCUUCUUAUUUCCUGCGGGCCUCAUGGUGGCCAUCCUCCACUUGCACAUUUUGGACUUCAUCACGUAGAUACCCCAAUAAAAAGCUCUUUGCUUAUAUAUAGCACUCCCUCCUACUACUCUUCCAUCGGCGAGAAAGGCAAAAACGUUCCUUGUUUAAAUCUAGUAUCUAUCAGCAUCUCCUCUUUUUUAUUCGCCUCUUAUUGUCUUCCUCUCCAAACCGUACUAUUCUCUGCGACCUGCCAUCGAGGUGAGAAGGCGGCACUCCUCAAGGUCAAAUACUCGUGGCAUAACCCUGGUUUCCUCUUCUCAUGGGACACUGCCGCCGAUUGCUGCAACUGGACAUACAUAAUUUGCUCCCAAGUAGGCCGGGUUAUCGACAUCUCCUUUCCAGAGAGUGACAUUUCCACAUUUCUUCCACCUGUUAUUGGCGAGCUUUCUGCACUCAAAAGCCUAGCAAAUGCCUUCAUGCCGGCGCUUACCAGCCCUAUCCCACCCUUCUUCACAAAACUCACUGGCCUUGAAGUCCUGGUCUGACGGUCAGCGUACCCUUUGAUAUUAGCAUGUCCAAUAAUAAGGUACUGGUCCCAUCCCAGUAUCCUUUAGCACUCUCCAAAAACUGAACUACUUAGACCUCAGCCACAACUUCUUGACUGGAACAAUACCGCCCGACCUUCCACAUGGGGAUUAUAGCACCCUUUUCCUGAUGGUUAACCGGCUGUGGGGUGAGAUCCCGAAGUCCUAUGCCAAUGUUGACAGCUACGACCUUGAUCUCUCAUAUAACAAGCGUGCUAGCGAUGCUUUGUUCUUAUUUGGUGCGGCAAAUCGGAGGUCUUCUGUUUGUCUUUCACGGAAUAAGCUGAAGUUUGACUUGAUGAGGGUGGUAUUCCUUAGUCCCUGGGCUUGUUGGACCUGAGCCAUAACCAGAUUUUGAAUCUCACAAGUUAGUUAUGGACCUUCACAAGCUUGAGAUUUUGAAUCUCACAAGUCAGUUAUGGACCUUCACAAGCUUGAGAUUUUGAAUCUCACAAGUCAGUUAUGGACCUUCACAAGCUUGAGAUUUUGAAUCUCACAUAAAAAUGGCUCUAUGGGUAGAUCCCAGCGGGAAUGUACAUGCAUGGCGCCUCCUACUUACAUAAAGUGCCUCUGCAGAGCGUUACUACCUUCCUGUCAAAAGCUGCUAGCUUGACCAAAGUUAAGCAGAUCAAGUUGGCGUAGACAAUCUGUACAUUAGAGCCUUGCAUUGUGUAACACUAAAAUUAGUAGUAGAUAUGAAAUGUUUACUCACGUACUUUUCUAACUCUGUAUUUUGAUAGAUAGCGUUUAGCAAGGAGUUUGAUACAAAAAAUGAAUAUAUUAGAAAGAAACUAUGAUGCAGAAUCUACUUAGCAAGUCUCGACUAAUGGCUAUAGUUAGUUCAAGUA